GCAGAGGUGUGAAGCGCUGAUCACCGAGGUAGAACACGAACAUCUCUGAUGCGUUGAAAAUAACUUGUAAAGCUGGUUUUUGUACCUAGUAGGAGUGCCAGCACAUCAGUCUUUGUCGACUUCAGCAACGCAUUGGUCGCUGCUCCUUUUGUAGAUUUUCACCUGUAGUUCCUCUUCAAGAUGUUUCUGGCCAAAAAACUAAUUGGUGGCAUCCUGGAUGUUGUGAGCAAUGUUGACCCCGGUCAAUUUGUGCCCUCAGAGCCGCCCCCACCACGCAGACCUCUGGCCUACGCUAAGCCGAAGGAGAAUGACGAGGAGACACAGUUCCGCAAGGUGUUCCAGCAACUCGCUGGGGAUGACAUGGAGGUGAGCCCCAAUGAACUGAUGAACAUCCUCAACAGGAUCAUUGGAAAACGUACUGACCUGAAGACUGAUGGCUUUAGCAUCGAGUCAUGCAGGAGCAUGGUGGCUGUCAUGGACAGCGACAGCACAGGAAAGCUAGGUUUCCAUGAGUUCAAGUUUUUAUGGAACAACAUCAAGAAAUGGCAGUGCAUCUACAUAUCAAAUGACACAGACCGCUCAGGGUUCAUCUCCUCACAAGAGCUUCCCGCUACCUUCAAAGCUGCAGGCUUCCCUCUCAACGACCAGCUCUUCCAGUUGAUGGUCCGCAGGUACAGUGAUGAACAGGGCAACAUGGACUUUGACAACUACAUUGGGUGCCUGGUCAGACUGGACGCUAUGUGUCGAGCUUUCAAGACUCUGGACAAAGAUGAUYAUGGAARRAUCAAKGUCAACAUCCAGGAGUGGCUUCAGUUGACCAUGUACUCUUAAAACAUCAAGGAAAGCCUACAUUCAUCUCUUCAUUUAUCUCUCUCUCUUAUUUAAGAUUUUUAUUUCAUAUUACCAUUGUUAUUAUUGUUUACAGACGUUCAUACGUCAUUUAGUCAUGAAUGUUCAUUCAAUUCAUCACUAGAUGGCAGCAUUGCAGCAACACCAGGAAAGCACACAUCCACUUUCUGUCCAAUAGGCCAAACUCAACUACCUUUCUAUAUUCCAAAUAUUUUAAAGUUUUGUGUUUUCCUUUUUUCCAGCAACACACUUUUGGUCAAACAUUCCAUACUGCUAUGUAAUGUAAUAUAUACAUUCUAGUGCUCAAUAAAGGGGGCAAUAUUACCUAAUA